AAAGAAUAAAUAGUCCAAAUCUCUUGUCCAACUUUUCCCAAGCCAAGUAGAACCCAAAAUCAUGGGCCGCAAGAGAGACAGAACCCACUUCAAUCGCCACGUCCCGUACUCCUUCCCCAAGCGCCGCCGUCCAACACCAAUCACCGACGAUCCAUUGCCGGUGCCGGAAGACAACUCAUCGUCCACCAAGCAACAGCCGGUUACUGUGGUGGUUAUUGGGGUUCCUUCUGAAUGCUCUGUGCUCGACAUUAAAUCUCGUUUUGAGAUUUAUGGAUCCAUCUCUCGAACUCGUAUGGACCCUAAUGGUCUCGCUCAUAUCACUUUCCGUUCCACUGAUUCUGCUCAAUCUGCUGUUGAAGCUGCCGAAGAUUCAUCUUUCCCCAUAACUCUCCACUCCAAGCCUGUUCAGGUAAUAUGGGCAACUGACCAUGCAUCACAGUGGAAAGAAGGUGUGAUGCGAAAGGAUGAACUAUCCACAUCAACGGUUGCAUCGAAGCUAGUUAAAGCAGAAGUGCCACUAAGUAGGCACGGAAGAAGUAAUCGACUGGGAUCAGCAAUUGUGAACCCCCGAGAUGAGGAUAAUGAUAAUGCUGGCGGUAAUGUUCGUGCACAUGUUAGUACAAGGCUGGUUGAGCCUUACAAGGGUAGGGAAAUUGUUGCCUAUGAUGAUAUUUUGUAACUUAAGGUCGUUGUUUGAGGGAUUGCCUCACUUGUAACAUUAGCUAUAUGGCUUUAGGCAAAUGUUGAGUUUUUAUUGCAGAUUGGUUGGGUGAUUUUCAGUUCUAGCUGUUCUUUCAAAUAAGUUUCCUAUCUUGUUUGUUUUUCUUCUGUGUGUAAUACUAGCACUAAAAAAUGAUCAUGUACGUAAGAUUUUUUUUUCCAUUUGAGUAUGUAAUUCAUGUAGGCUUCUGUCUUAGCAAAUAAGAUGCUGGUCCUUGAUUUGGA